GUUAAGGUGGGCAUAGUACCGUUGUGAAAGGUCUCCCGUUCUGAUCUAACUAAAAACCUUACAAAAAAUUUUAUCCCUAAAAUAGUAAUCGUGCUUGCCAAAAUUUCCGUUACGGUUUCGUGUGCGUUUUAAGUUAUAUAUUUUUGCUUUGGUGUUAAUCAAUAAAUAAAGUACCUACCUACAACAAAACAAAAAAAAAAAACUCUAAUCAAAAUGUCAAUCUCUGAUUUCCGCAAGAAGAAGCUUUUGUUCCUUUUCAAUGUUUUCUUUGAUGUAAACCAAAGUGGAGAAAUCGACCUGAAGGAUUUCGAAUUGGCAAUUGAGAAAGUGUGCCAACUGAGAGGUUGGAGUGUUGGCAGUGCCAAAAAUAAGGAGACACACGAUGUGAUGAUUAAAAUUUGGGAAGGACUUCGGUCGAAAGCCGACAAGGAUAACGAUGGACAGGUAUCUGUUGAAGAAUGGUGUAACAUGUGGGACGCCUAUGCCAAGGAUCCCAGCACGGCAAUGGAAUGGCAAAAUAGGUAUAUGAACUUUAUGUUCGACUUAGAAGAUGCCUCCAACGAUGGUGGCAUUGAUGCUGCUGAAUUUUCACUCGUUUGCUCUAGCUAUGGAUUGGAUAAGAACGAAUGCGAAGAAGCCUUUAAAAAAAUGUCCCAGGGUCGGGAAGAGGUUACUCGUGAACAAUUUGCACAAUUGUGGCAGGAAUAUUUCUCUGCAGAGGAUCCAAAUGCUCCAGGCAACUUUAUCUUUGGCAAGACUUCAUUUUAACGAAAUUAAACGGCGUACAUUUUGUUAAUUUAUUAUAUAUUGUUACUUGUACGAUUGAUAUUUAAAUUAUUAAUUUGUUUGUGUUUCUAAUAAAAAAUAAUAAAAAAAAAAUAAUAAUUAACAAAAUAAAACAACAAACCUAAAAAAUAUUUAAACAAAAUGAAAAGAUUUAUUAGUUGACAAUGGUUAUUUACUUCCUUUCUAAUGUUCCAAAACCAAAAAAAAAAAAAACAAAA